AACCAAAAUAGAGCACUCUAUUAUUACAUUACUAGUACUUAUAAUUUGUCUUUUUAUUGAUCAAUAAUUGAAAGACUAUAAAAACAGAACUAGAAAUGUAUUCCUGUAGAGAAAACAGAGGAUCUGUUAGAACUGCAGUAGCAUGUCCUGUUUCAUUUUCUGCUGCUGAUAACAAUCGGCACUCUGCGAAUCACUGGUCUAAUAACUUAGCAGAAUUCAGGAAGACACCUGAUCAUUAUGCUCCUUAUGCUGCAGUUCCUUCAGCUCAUUAUAGUGUGUCCUCUAACAAGAGUUUUGCUCACUCCUCUUUUCCUGCUACCAAUAAUUCAUCAGUUGCUGCCGGUUCUGGUUCUGGUGCUGCUUUACCUUCAAAAGCCACCACGUCAAAGGAGAUCAUUUCUUUCCACUCAUCCACCAAAUGGAAGGAAUAUCUUCAAGCUUCUAAGCACUCCAACAAGCUGGUUGUGAUAUACUUCACGGCUAAAUGGUGUGGACCUUGCCAGUCCAUGGAGCCGACUAUCAAAGAAUUUGCUGCUAAGUACAACAAUGUCGAGUUGGUCAAGAUUGACGUGGAUGAAUUAUUAGCAAGACAUUAGACCCCCUUUUCUUAGCAAACUUAAUGUAUCGUGUGAGGAUGGAAUACAAACAAUGCCAACAUUCUUGUUCAUGAAGAAUGGAAAAGAGAUCGACAAGGUAACUGGUGCAAAGACGGAAGAUCUUCAAAGGAAAAUUGAGAAACACAGAUCGAAUUGAUACCUAAAGUAGUUCUAUAACUACUUGUUACGGAGUUUUAAAAAUUAAUUAUCAUUCGAAUGAUGAGUUAGGUUGGCCUAUUUCGAAAGCUAGGCUAGCGUAUUAUUUUACAAGUAUUCAUAUUAGGGAUUCCUUAUGGAUUACUUUCUAGAGUUGUACCUUAUAUUCAAAUUUAGCUUUGGAACAUUUUUCAUUCAAUUUCCCACAUUUGGGACUGCUGUAUUACCUCAUAUUCAAAUUGAGAAUUGCGUUUCUAAAUAACAAAGCGUUCAUUUAUGUGUA